AUGUGUUGCGUUGGGCGGAGCGAGGCGGAGGAGGGUCACGGCUAGGCUCCCAGAGUUCCGCUUGGGUCAACACGGGAGAGAAACAAGAUGGCGGCCUUGACAACCGGCUUUUACGCUGCAAGCAAAGGGGAAACAGGGGACCCGACAGCUAUGGCAGCGGCGGCGGCAGAUGACGAGACGGACAGCGGCGGCAAAUGUAGUUUCCGCAGGAAGAGUCCCGCGCCUGGAAGCGGCGGCGGCGUUCGGUGGCGCUCCAUUGCGGGGACGCGACCGUCGGUACGGAAUGGACAGCUGCUAGUGUCUGCCGGUCUCCCGGCCCUGGACCAGCUCUUAGGUGGUGGCUUAGCUGUUGGAACACUGCUUCUAAUCGAGGAGGACAAAUAUAAUAUUUAUUCCAAUUUGCUCUUCAAGUAUUUCCUGGCUGAGGGAAUAGUCUGUGGGCAUACUUUGUUGCUUGCCUCUGCCAAAGAAGACCCUGACGACAUUUUACAAGAACUUCCUGAACCAUUACAUGAUGAUAAGUAUAAAAAAGAGCUUGAUGAAGUAAGUAAUCAUAAAUCACAAGGAGAGCCGGAUAUUUCCAUGAAGAUAGCCUGGCGUUACCAAAACUUACCUAAAAUGGAGGCUGGCCCAGGAUCAUCUUCACGAUUUGGUCACUAUUACGAUGUAUCAAAAAGGAUGUCCCAAGAGAUGAUUCAUUCUGCAAAGUGUCACAGAUUUUUUCUUCCAGAAGAAAUUGCUUCACUUCCUAAUGGAGAAUCAUGUGCCCUGACCCAUGGCUACAUGAAGCUUCUUCACUCCAUCCAGAGAAUCGUAUCUGAGGAAGGGUUUGAUGGCUCCUGUCCCCAGAAAAAACAAAAAAACAUUUUAAGAAUUGGGAUUCAGAGUCUUGGCUCAGCUUUGUGGGGAGAUGACAUCUGCUGUGCUGACACCCCUGAACAUCUGCAUAGUCUUACAAGAUUCUUAUAUGUUCUCCGUGGUCUUCUCAGAAUGUCUCUUUCAACCUGUAUCAUCACAGUGCCAUCACAUCUAAUUCAGAAUAAAGCAAUUACUGCACGUAUUAGAAAUUUGUCGGAUACAGUAGUUGGUCUUGAGUCAUUUCUUGGUGGUGAGAAAGAAGCCAAUUCUCUAUAUAAGGAUUUCCAUGGUUUGAUUCACAUACACCAGAUCCCCCGGCUCAAUAGCCUGAUUGGCGAUGUGUCCGACACGAAGGACCUUGCUUUCAAACUCCAAAGGAAGGUCUUCACCAUUGAGCGACUGCAUUUGCCUCCAGACUUGUCAGACACAGUGAGCCGCUCGAGCAAACGGGAUCUGGUGGAAUCCGCCAAACAGCUGAGCCUGGGAUGUAGCGUUAUGGCCGAAGGCAAAGAGCACCUGGACUUCUAGGGACUGUACUCAGUGGCCUUUCUCAGACUCCUCCGAUGAGCUCUUUGUACCCUCUUUUAGGUUACCAAUGGCUUGUUUAAAAUAUCUUUCUUAAUGAUUGAACCCAACAAUCUUAAAUACUCAUAAAGAAUUUUUUAAAUGA